UCUUUUUCUCCCAGAUAUCCCCCCUUACAGGCAUGUCCAUGUGAUGAAGUCAUUUCCCUGUUUAAGACCAAUCCUUAAUCACUGCAAUGGAUGAUGACACUCAAACCUUGAAGCCCAGACGGAUCCAGAAUCAAAACGUGGUCUAUCGCCUGGAGAGGCGUAGGAUCUGCUCAGGACGACCAGGAGCUCAUUGGUACAGAGUUCGUUGCUUCCACCAGAACCUCUUCCCCAACUUCACUGUGGUCAAUGUGGAAAAGCCCCCGUGCUUCCUGAGAAAGUUCUCACCAGAUGGACGCUGCUUCAUCGCCUUCUCCUCUGACCAGACUUCUCUGGAGAUAUAUGAAUAUCAAGGCUGCCAGGCUGCUCAGGACCUGUUGAGAGGCCAAGAGGGAGAAACUCUUCUGACAGCCAACGACCAGCGCUCACUCAAUAUCAGGGGCCGCCUCUUUGAGCGCUUCUUCUCUUUGCUCCACGUUACAAAUGUUGCUUCAAACGGAGAACACCUCAACCGGGAGUGUAGCCUUUUCACAGACGACUGCCGCUAUGUCAUUGUUGGGUCAGCUGUGUAUGUCCCAGAGGAGCCACCACCUUAUUUCUUUGAGGUGUAUCGGAAUAACGAAUCUGUUACUCCCAACCCCCGGUCCCCUCUAGAGGACUACUCCCUCCACAUCAUUGACCUCCACACUGGCAGGCUGUGUGACACCAGGUCCUUUAAGUGUGACAAGAUCAUCCUGUCCCACAACCAGGGCCUCUACCUGUAUAGGAACAUCCUGGCUGUGUUGUCAGUCCAGCAGCAGACCAUUCAUGUGUUUCAGGUCACUGCAGAGGGAACAUUUCUAGAUGUGCGGACUAUUGGUCGGUUUUGUUAUGAGGACGACCUGCUGACUCUUUCAGCAGUUUACACCGAGGCUCAGGCUGAAAGUCAGUCAGGCUUCCCUCGCCUGUACACUGACAAAACCAUCAACUCCCUCAAGCACAGGCUGCUGGUCUACCUCUGGAGGAGGGCCGAGCAGGACGGCAGCCCCAUGGCCAAGAGGAGAUUCUUCCAGUUUUUCGAUCAGCUGAGGAGGUUGAGAAUGUGGAAGAUGCAGCUGUUGGAUGAGCAUCAUUUGUUCAUUAAAUACACCAGUGAAGACGUGGUCACACUCAGAGUUACUGACCCCUCCCAGCCGUCUUUCUUUGUUGUGUACAACAUGGUUUCUACAGAGGUGCUGGCCGUUUUUGAGAACACCUCGGACCAGCUGCUGGAGCUAUUUGAGAACUUUUGUGACCUGUUCAGGAAUGCUACGCUGCAUAGUCAGGCUGUCCAGUUCCCCUGCUCUGCUUCAUCCAACAACUACGCACGUCAGGUCCAAAGAAGAUUCAAGGACACCAUAGUAAAUGCAAAGUAUGGCGGGCACACCGAGGCAGUGCGUCGACUGCUGGGUCAGCUGCCUAUCAGUGCCCAGUCCUACAGCAGCAGUCCUUACCUCGAUCUCUCCCUCUUCAGCUAUGAUGACAAGUGGGUUUCAGUGAUGGAGAGGCCAAAGACUUGCGGAGACCAUCCUAUCAGGUUUUAUGCUCGGGACUCUGGCCUGUUGAAGUUUAAGAUCCAGGCUGGCCUGUUGGGACGGCCGGUAAAUCAUGCUGUGCGCCGCCUGGUUGCCUUCACUUUCCACCCUUUUGAACCUUUUGCCAUCUCUGUACAGCGCACCAAUGCAGAGUACGUGGUCAACUUCCACAUGAGGCAUGUAUGUGCAUGACAAGCUUCUGGAUGUGUGUGUUCACUAGCUUGGACACAAAUUGAGGGACUGUUUGGCUUCUGUUAGCAGCUACCAUGACAAUUCAACAGGCAAGUGAAGAGUUUGAUCUGUUGGUUGCCCUCUUCUGCCCCGAGCAAGAUCACAAGUCCUCUUCAUUUUCUUUGUGGAGGCUAGUGGUCCUCUACUCUUUCCUGCUUCAUACACAGUGGUCAAUACACUCCUCCCCCUCAGCGAGACGAGAGAGCAGCAAUUCUGCCUUCUCCCUACUUCUGCACUUCUUCGCCUCCUCUUCCCCCUUCCUCCGCUACAAAGAGGGAUGUAUGGGCAGGGUGGGUGUAGGAGAUGUAGAGAGAGUGCUUGAUGCUUUAUUCAGCUGGACCUCUUACAAGGAGCCAAAGGUGUUUUAUUUUCCUACCAUGCUCGGAAAGCUGCACAUUCAAUCGCUUAUCCAGUCGGUUUAUGGUCAGCUGUCCAUUAAAUGUCUUUUCCUCACAUGGAUAGGGCAAUAAUUUCUUAUCAUUUCUUACAUGUUUUUACACUUUUUUACGUCAUGUAUAUAUUUUAUGCCAAUAAAAUUGUGCAAAUUUGA